CUCACCCUCGAAAGAAAUAGCUGAACCUGGCAAUUUGACUGAUUGUGUGAUGGCGACAGGAACACCACCAGAUGUCAUGAUGACAUUCCACUGUGAACUGAAAGACGUCAUGGCAACACUUCUUGAUGCCGCCGUCAUGCAGAUUUUAAAGCUAGUUCAAAAGGAUUUCCUGGAUAAAUUAAAACACAAUGAGCAGGAAAUACAGGUUUUCCAGGAGAGACUUAAAAUGGUUGAAAGUUUACAGAAAGAAAGAGCAGACGAGACGAGAGAGAAAGGCAAGGAAAAGACAUGUCAGCCAGAGAUGAGAGCAGAGGAGAAACAACGCAGGAGAGAAACAGGAACGGAAUUGAGCACAAAUGAGUUUGAGGUCAUAGAAGAGUUGGCGGGGGACAAGGGAAACACAGAAGAUGGAGUAAGCAUCCACAAAAACAAGGUGGAAAAUGCAGGGGGGGAUGAAGAGCAUGGAGGAGUCGGAGCAGUUAGAGGAACAGGAAGUGACAUAAGGGCUGGAGGAGGAACAGGAAGUGACAUAAGGGCUGGAGGAGGAACAGGAAGUGACAUAAGGGCUGGAGGAGAGGUAGACUUCACAGGCAGUGGUGGGAAUGCUGGGAAAGAAAUCCAAAGAGAGAAAGAAGGACAAAAGAGAAGAGGAAACCAAAAAAGGUUGAGAGUGAAGAGUGAGAUGGAGGACGGCGGUGACAUCAUGAACGAGAAGAGGAGCAGUCUUGAAGAGUUGGUUGUUCUCAAAGUGGAGGAUCCUCUUCACGGUGAAGGAACCCAGUCUCCCGCCAGUUCUGAGUCCCCAGGGGGAGCUGACCUCCAGGUGUAUCUCCUUGAGGAUCAUGACAACUUAUGUAACGGGAUUUUCUGCUGUGAUGCCACAAGUGUCAAGAAUGUGCUGAAGAUGGAAAUCCCCACAUCCCUUAAUGAGUCUACUGCUCAGUCUACUGCUGUGGCUGCCGACAGUCAACUAAGUGACGGAGUGAAACGUAACAGAAGUCGCUCCUCUCUGCCGGCCUUUUACCCCCAAACAAAGAUCAGUCAAGACGCUCUAGCUGAGGUCAAGGUAGCCUUAACUAAAAUGGAAGGUUUACCAGACAGUGGAUGGGUCCUUCUGGAUCCAGUGACGGGUCAUUUUUGUGUCAAAGCUGACCUGGACUCAGUGACGGCUGUAAUGGGAAGAGAGGGACGAGGUGACGCUCCUGAUGGACCCGGUGCCGACCCGGGCGUGAGCUGCACACAAUCUGUGGGGAUGGGUGUCCAAAUGACCACAAACAGCAACACACAAACGGAAGCUCAAAUAACGGUCACCAUGAGUGAUGACGAGGUUAAUCUGAACUCCACAGCUGCUGAUGGUGUGGAGCCAAACAGAGUUCUCACAAGAAGCAGCAAAGCUAAUCGAGCCAACAGCAGCAGUGCAAAAACCACUGAAACAAAUGAUGUUCACAGUCAGAGAGGAUGCACUACUAGAAGCAAUGGGAAUAGAGUAGCGCCUAGAAUUGAUGAAUGUGUUGAAAAAAGUGCCAAUACAGCGAGUUGUCCUAGUGGUCCACCAGCACCAAUGAGAGCGGUUCAUACUGACAGUCUUAGUGAUCCACCAAGGUAA